AUCAGAUCAGGGUAUUUUGUCAGUCACAUAUCAGGUAGAAAACAGCUUCCCGUAUGAAGAAAGUGUGUUUUGAAGCAGGGUUCUUGCAUAAUGUCAUCAACAAACCUUUCCGUGUUCGUGCUUCUGACAUGCGCAGUAGCGUCCUACGCUCUCGGUCCUUACAGAGGUACUUGUAAAAAGAUGGCGAUUUUCAAAAAAGCCCAACAAGAUCGAGCACUGAGUGGUCACGUAAUAUCGAACCAUGACGUCACUUCCCGUUUCGACUGUGCUGACCAAUGUCUUCAAACUAGUGGUUGUAAGUCGUACAAUUACCAAGAAACAGGUUCUCCACUCCACGUAUGUGAGCUGAGUAACCACACAAAGACCUCCGCGUCAUCUGAUUACGUCAUCAAACCAGGCUUUACGUACUAUGACGCUGAGCAGUUCGUUUUACCCGUGUGCGCUUCUUCUCCUUGUCAAAAUGGCGGCACGUGUGGUAUCGAUGAAUGUACUGAUUCUUACGAGUGUCUGUGUAAACCUGGAUACAUUGGUCAAUACUGUGAGACCUGGUUCGGUUCAAAUGGUUCCUCAUCAAGUUACCCAGGUCAUUCAUGUCAGAACAUCAAAUGGACUGGACAAGACACUGGAGAUGGUAGAUACUGGAUUAACCCAGGCAACACAGGAACCCCAUUCACUGUGUACUGUGACAUGACCACUGACGGAGGAGGUUGGACUUUGAUCAAGGAUUUGACUUUACACCAGACUCCUCCAAGCGAUAGCUAUAGUGGGCUUGGGAGUUAUCGUGGUAUUUCUARUMCAGGAAGAUAUCAGUUCGUCUCACAACCUGCACUUCUGCAACUGAAACAAGAGAUGGGGUUCACACAGUUACGGUACUACUGUCGUAAAGCGUCUGUUGGCAGAGUAGUUCACAUCAUGACGGCCAAGAAUAACUUGGGAUACGAUGCUGUGAGGUACCUAAUCGUCAAGAAUUCCCCAUAUGCAAAAGCUUGUAAGUCAUUCGUUCGUCUUCCUGAUGACCAAUCCCAGCUUGCAGCCAACUGUGCCAAAUGGGGCCACAAAGGAGGAACUCCAAGUACCAAUACAUGGGGACAUUCGCAAAGGACUGGCGAAUGGCGACCAUACAAUCGUGUAGCUUUAUGGCCAAAUACACAUGCGCUAUCCUUUAUCUCUGGUGACUAUAGAUGCGACGAUGGCACCAGCGGCGGCAAUCGCGUUGGGGAUACCUAUAUGAUGUUUGUGCGUUAACUUUUGGAUUUGAUUGAAUGAGAAAAGACGUGRCCACAAAUGAUAAAUAUUUUGCUAUGGCAACCGACACUAGAGAAAAACGUUUGCGCAUUUGUG